GCCUAGUUGACACUUUCACGAUUUUCGGUUCCCGCAUAGUUCACGCACUGAAAUUGCAUCAUGCGUGCCAAUGCGUGGACACUUGCGGGAAGGGGCGGGACGAUGCGCGGCAAUGCGCGGCAAUGCGUGAAGAGCGAAAAAAAUUUUCAACAUGUUGAAAAUUUUGCCACGCACUUCCCGCAUUGCAGCAGUGCGUGAACUGUGCGCAAACUAUGCGCAAACAAGUCGUGCCAAUGCGUGCCAGUGCGUGGCGUAAAAACAGUGGGUACCCCACCCCCGGGAAUGUGGCACGCACUUCACGACUAGUUCACGACAUGGUCCCGCAUAAUUUGCGCAGUGGUUGCGCAUCCUUCGCGCACUUUCACGCAAGGAUCGCGCAUAUCAGUCACGUGAUACGUUUUGUCAAAAUAUUCUUGUUUGAGCCAGCAGCAAAAUCAUGGCUUCAUCCUCCUCAUCAGAUAAUGAUGGGACAGAGAACACAGAGCAUGAAGAGAAAACUAAGCGAACAAAAAGAGCACGUACAUCUAAAAGGGAUGUCCCAGAGUACAAGUGGACCGAAGACGCUGUUCAAUUAAUAGCCGAUUUUGUGAAGGAAAAUUCAGCACUAUAUGAUAAGACCCAGAAAGAUUACAUGAAUGUUGCUACGAAGGGAAGGAUGUGGGCGAAUGGCGGUAAAUUAUUGGAUCCACCUGCCACUGGUAAGUUCUCAAUUUUGAUGGUUGGUUAGUUAAGUUCCAUACCCAUGUUUUAAAAAUCCUCCUUUUGUUUUUUGUUGUCUGCAUUACUAGUUAAUAAGAAAGUAAUUUACUGGGAAAAUAAUUGUUGAUAUUUUCCUUUAUAGAAAUUAAAUGUUUUUAUUUUUUAUUUUUAGGGUUAAACUUCACCACACAAAUAGCCUAUUUAUUGUUUUCCUUGUUUUUAAUGUAGGGGACCAGUGUAAGAAGUUGUACGAAAAUAAGCGAACUCGGCUAGGAAAGAUAUUGAACAAGGAGAAAAAAAGUGGAUCUGGGCAAACCAACAGAACGACACGUGAUGAUGAGAUAGUGAACACGUGGGGAUUUCUGAAGCAACACAUUGUUCGUGGCAAGACAACGGCAAGUGACACGUUUGAUAGAGAAGGGGAAGUGCACGAACGAGAAGAUGAUGAAGUUUCUAUCAUGUCAGUUUCAGAAGAUAUGGAUAAUGAGACCUUGAUCCCGUUGAAGGAUCGGGUCCCAAAGUCGGCACGCUCCGAAGCCUCUGGAACUUCUGGCAGUAGAACUCCAGCUUCUCGAUCAAGUACUGUUUUGCAGAAUAACCUCGACGAUGCUCUCCGUCAGGUUCUUUCAAGAGCGGAUAAUUUGGGCCAGACAGCUGCUUUGACAGGUCAAAAAAAGAUCGUCCAUGAUUUUGCCUGUCUUCUGGAGGGCCAUAUGCAGAAAAUUCCAGAGCAAUCGUGGCACAGUUUCCAAAUUGAAUGUCUGCAACUCGUUCACAAUUUCAAACAGCCAACCAGGCCAACUCAACCAUGUCAACAGCAACCCUCGUCAUGGCAGUCAAACCAGUGGCCAAUCAAUAGUCAUUGGUCCAAUUUCAAUCAAUGGUCUCCAGCAAGUCCAUCCUUCAACAAUGUUGGGAUGCCAGCCGCGCCUUCAGCUGUGCCUGUACCGAUACCAACGUCUUCUCAGCAGUCCACUGCUUCGACCCCACCCUCCCGACGUAGUAAUGAGAUGGUUUCCUCGGUUCUGGAAGAGCUUGGAGAAGAGAAAUAAUGUGUUCAACAGCAGCCGGUCAUUAAGAAAAGGCAAUACUGGUUGCAAAACUAACGUCUUCCAUAUCGGGACACUCUUUCAGUACUUACCUUAAUUCUUACAUGGUAAAAAAAAAUAAAAGUAAAAAAGAAAUUGUUAUUUGUUGUUGCCUUUGCAAGGAAUUUUAUUAAAAACCCACUCGGCAAGAAAACCAUUUAUUUAUACAUUUGGAACAGAGGUAUAAUAUUUUCUGAAACGUAAACCAGAACUACACACUGAAGAGCAAGGGUAAAAUGUGACAGUUUGAUCAAAGUCGGAAAAUAUAUUCCAGAUUUUUGAAUGUUCUGAGUUCCAGGGAGAGCUUCGAUGGAUAUUCUCGAUUUAGACAUUUUGACAUAUACUCAUACAUGAUGCUUUUAUCAAGAAACAAAAUGAAAGGUUUACUGAGUGGAAGAUUAAAGUUAAUGCAUCUUUUUGGUUCCUACGUUUUUACAUUUGUUCUAGUAGUUGAUUAGUUCAUGUUACUCACUUGUUACAACUUUAAAGUGUUCAAAAUAUCAUUGAGAAAUCUUGGUAAUUAUAACAUGUCUAUAAGGUAGUUCAAAUUGGAGAUUCAGUUGUCAGUCACCAUGAAACUAAACGUUAUCCUGCAGACUUAUUUCCUUUUCUUCAUCACACGUUAUUUAAAUUGCAUUUAUGUGAGCAUAUCCUGAAUGCCUAAGUUUUCUACUCGGUUAUGUUUCUUUUAUUAAAAAACACGCAAUUCGUGCAUUCUGAUUGCUUCUGAUUACAAGUCUCUUAUUACACACAAAAAACAAAACAUGUAAAGUUGUUUAUAUUAAGAGUAACAUAUUGACAAAUCAAAGGCUAAUCAAAGACUGCAAAGAUAGGUGAAUAUCAAGGCCUUUAAUAAAAUGGAUAACUAUAAGCACUUGAUAUUUUUCAUUGGAUUUCAAAAAUGAUUGUUAAGUUUCCGCACAAUUCGUUCAAGUGCACCUAUUCAUACGAGAUAACACCGUCAACUGUUUGACUAUUACAUAUAUACAUAUGUUAAUAGCAUCUUCUUAAACGAUGUAAAAGCAUGAUCGUAUCAAUAAAUGAUAUUCAAUUUCCCAGUUUUUCCUAUCUCUCACAGAUGUUUUGUGUAAAAUAUGAUUGAUGAAUGGAUACAAUAAUUCAUUAAUAAAGCGCAAGCUGAACGUCUCCAACGUCAGUCUACCGUCUGAUCCGCGUUCAGGAAGCGUUUUUAAUUUUCAAAAACGCUGGGCCGACGCAGGCUAAAAACGCAAAGGUGUGACACAGCCUUAACACGUGACUCUUGGUCACGUGUCAUGACGUAUGUCAUGCACUUCCUGUCUGCUAUAGCUUAUUAUAACUUUUUGUUUGUAAGAAUCCGUUUUAAUCCAUGAGUGGUUAUUUUUCAAAACAUUCAAAAGGUUGAAUCAAUAAAUGUAUCUGUACCCGUGUUUAUAU